AUGCCAAGAAAUGUCAUACCACUUGUUGUGCCCUCGACGAAUCCAAAAUCCGGGGAACUGGAAGAUAAGAAGCUGAAGUCGAAUAAUGAGUUCAGAGAAAUGUUCCCUAAGAAGUUAGUGAAACUUCCAUUGACUCCUAUUAUGUGGCAAGAAUGGGCUCAAGAUGAAGCUUCUAUUUCAACUGGGUAUGCAUUUCUAGGGAUUGAGAAGAUUUAUGAAAGAGGAGUUUCUAAUUAUCUGCCUGUCUCACUUUGGUGUGACUGCUUGAGAUUUGUGCAAGAAUAUGAUCCAUCUGUACGUGAAUUUUCACCUGAUGGUAUUGCGAACGGAAGAAAUGUCUUCGAGCGUGCUGUAACUGCUGCUGGUGUGCAUGUUGCUGAAGGUAGUAAAAUAUGGGAAACAUACAGGGAAUUUGAGCAGGCCAUUCUCCAUACGACAGAUGAGACCAACAUUAAGGAAAAAGAAAAACAGGUUCAGCGCAUCCAAAGUAUAUUUCACCAUCAGUUGUCUGUUCCCCUUGCUAACGUAAGGUCAACCCUUCUCACCUACAAGUCUUGGGAGGUGGAACUGGGGACUGCUCUAGAUGUUGAAUCACAUGAUUUAGAUGGGAUUCCUUCUACUAUUGCCACAGCGUAUGAAAAGGCAUUGGAAAUGUAUAAUGCUCGAGCUGAUUUGAAGAACGGAUUGCAGCAGGAUAUAUCUGACUUCGAAAAUUUCAAAAAUUCACGGUAUAUGAUCUACUUGAAGUUUGAACAGUCUUCUAGAGAUUCAGCCCGUGUUCAACUUCUCUAUAAACGUGCUAUUACCGAGUUUCCUGUAUCAAGUGAUCUCUAGCUUGAUUAUACUUGCUAUUUGGAUAAAACCUUGAAGGUAGGAAAUAUUGUGCGGGAUGUUCAUUCUAGGGCUAGGAAAAAUUGUCCUUGGGUUGGUGGUCUUUGGGUUCGAUCUUUGCUUGCUUCGGAACAUUGCAGUGCACCUGAGAAAGAGAUAUCUACUGUCUUUGAGAAGUCCCUUCUAUGUACUUUUUUGACCAUUGAGGAGUACCUAAACUUAUUCCUCACUCGAGUGGAUGGUUUGAGACGAAGAAUCCUUUUGCCUGGAGUAGAAGAGGAUGAACUGAAUUUUCCAUUGAUAAGGGAAACCUUUCAGUGCGCAUCAGAUUACUUAUCUCAGCAGAUGAAGAAUAUAGAUGAUUUGUUGCUUUUGUAUGCUUAUUGGGCUCGUUUGGAGCUAAAUUUGGCUGCAGCUCUAGGUGUUUGGGAAAGCCUGGUUAAGAUCUGCAGGUCAAUGUUGGAAGCCUUGCAAGGUUAUAUAGCUAUGGAAAUUGAAUUAGAACAUUUAAAUCAACCUAGGUCCAUCUACAAGAGAUGCUACAGUAAAAGGUUUAGUGGGACAGGUUCAUAG